AUUGACUUGUUCUGUCUCUCAAAUCAAUGAAUUCUCCUUCCAAGCAAUACUUCUUCGGAUUUCCUCUUACACCAAUCGGUGUUUUCGCAUCUUUCAGGCCUCAUACAAGACAUUCUCUAGAAGCAUAGUGUAUCUACUCUGUUUCGAGUUGUCCCAACAUUGGUUGAAGCUUUAAGCAGCAGGCUUCUAUGUGCCUUUUGAUAUCAUGAUUGAAGUAAAGCGACCUGGUUCUUCCACGCGGAUCACCACAACACUCCUAGACUCCUUCAUGAUUCUCUUGAGAAACAAACACAUAUUAUUCCCAGUCUUUGCCUUUGUAGCAAUCCCUCUCGCAGCCUUACACCUCUCCCUAACUCUCUCCUCCUUUCGUCUUAAAAACCAUGUCUUCCGUCUAGAAGCCCUGGCCAACGUCGUGCACACAAGGUUCGAAGCUAGACAGAUCUGGCAAGAGUCUAGAGAAGACGCUGUCUCGCUUCUACACCUCAAAUCCAGAUAUUUCGUCCCGUCCUUCAUCCUCUCCUGUAUCGCAUCCAUAACCGUCAUCACAUCAACUUCCUUCUCACACAACGGCCUAAACACGUCUCUGAAGUCAUCGUUUGCAUCAGUGAAGUCCUCGUGGAUGCGAGUAACUGCAACUUCCAUUGUUGUCUAUGGUCUGCUCUUCCUCUACUCUCCGAUUCCCAUGUUUCUAUCAGCUCUCUUGGGUUAUACACCCACAUUGCGUUACCUCAUCACGGUUCUCAGUCUCGGCGUUGAGGUAUACAUAAUGGCUAUAACAGGGCUUGGCCUUGUCGUCUCUGUGAUAGAAGAAAGAUACGGUUUUGAUGCGAUUAAGGAAGGAAAUUCUCUGAUGAAAGGGAGGAGGAUAACUGGAUUGGCUUUGGCGGGUGUAUUUGUGUUUCUUUCGAGUUUCAUUGGUCAUGGGAUGGAGAAGCUGGCCAAGGAGCUAGAUGUAGACUCGAGCUCAGGGUCGUGGUGGAGGUCGGUGGUGGUGAGCGGUGGCUUAGACGGGUGGAAGUUGAUUUGUAUGUAUGGUGCUGAGGUGGUGCUGAGUUAUGUUGUAGUCACUGUUUUUUACUGCGAGUGUAGGAAACGUCAUGGAAACAGCGAUCCAAAUGUUGCUGAUGAUGAAGAGGGUCUUGCCAUUUAGAACUAGUGAAUUUUUUUUUAUACAUUUUUAGUUUGGCCAAAUCCUGAUUUAUUCAUUGCUUUGUUAGAAGGAAAGAAAAACUACCCGAGUCAAGUAUGUAAAACCCAAGCUCACAAAUUCAACGAAUUUCCAACUAAAAACCGAUAGAUUUAU